AGAAAACGCGGAAAAGGAAAACGGGAAGAAUCAGCUGACGAACGUAAACAACAACACGUGCGAGGCCGAGGCGCAGGUGGGAGCCUAUGCUGUCUUAUGUGUAUUAAGGAAGAGCAGAGAAACAAGAAGGAGCAGAAGAGGACACUUUUCGUAGGCAAAGGACAACUUACUCUCAUUGUACAAAAUGAAACAACUGGAGCCUAAAUAUUGGUACUUAAGAGUGCACAUGGAUUACGAGAGGGAAUACCUGCCUUUUCCAUUAACGGCAGAACUUGUCAAAGUAGUCAUUGUUGGCGCAAUAGAUAUUAUGUUUGGUGAGCUGUCUUCCUGUUUACCGCUCGAUGUCCUGAAGUUUAAUGAGAAGACUGGAAUAGUGAUCCUCAGAGUUCCAAAGGACAAUUAUUCCAAGGUUCGGGCUGCACUAACAGUGUGCCCGUCCAUGAGAGUUGGCAGGGUCGAUGUCCCUGUUAUUUAUACCACGCAACAAGCCUCCUCCUGUCUCCUGUCCUUAGCUGGGCCGGAGCGGAGUAUUAUAUGAGUGCGCUUAGUGUUAAGGGCACGGAUUGUGUGGUAUUUUUGUUUUUUGUUAAGCAAUGCAGAAAAGUUUGAUUGUGCAAAAUGAAAUUGUUCAUUUUUGUUUUUGUAUAUUGAAAAAAGAUAAAGAGGAUUAAUUGCUGUACUAUUUUUUACUCAUAGUAGAUUAGCAGACAUAAUUUUAUAAUUUUGAUUAAUAAAAUUAUUUUUGAGA